CCCGCUCACAACGAAAAAAAAAAAAGUUUGGUUACCCGCUUCUCAUCUUCUUUCUCACCUCCUUUUACUCUCAAAAUUUGCCUCCCAUUUGGAUGACGCCAAGCUAAAGCUCUCUCGUUUGGAAUCUGUUAUCGAAGAAACAAUUCAAAGCAUUGAUGCUAAAACCCUUCUUCUCAAGGAACGCGAGAAGCUUCUCGAAGACAUGGAAAACAAGAUCACUUAUCUGCAGUCUGUUAUAUCUGCAGUCUGUUUUUCCCAGCCCCUGAGCCUCAUGACAAUCAGUUGCAUGCUAGUAUAGUGAAUCAGAUAGAUUAUUAUUUCAGUAAUGAAAAUCUAAUUAAGGAUACCUACUUGAGGCAGAACAUGGAUGACCAGGGCUGGGUUCCUAUUAAAUUAAUAGCCGGCUUCAAAAAGGUUUCACUUUUGACUGAUAAUAUUCAGCUGAUAACGGAUGCUUUGCAAAGUUCAACAGUUGUGGAAGUGCAGGGUGACCAAGUAAGGAAGCGGAUUGAUUGGAUGCGAUGGAUAAUGCCGCCUUCUGUUCAUUUCCCUACCAAGUCUGGUCAGGAUACACUAGCAGCUCGUGUUCAGAAUAUUUCAUUGGAUCAGAGAGCUGCAAACCAGAGUGGUGCAAGUAACCCUGAAGAUUCUGAUGCUGGUAGACCAUCAUAUGGGGACUUCAGUAAUCAGCCUCAGCUAUUCAACAAUGAGGAAUCAACCGUCAGUGCUCAUGGUGGGCCAGCAAGUAAUUGAAACUAUUUGUUAUUUUCCGAAUUUACCGAAUUUACCGAAUUGUUUUCCUUUGUUCUUUUCCUUUUUUACAAAUGGGGAUGUUGGAUUUUCUUUUACUAUUUGUUAUUGGUGAUGUUGGUGUUUAAAUCUGGGGAAUUUCGAUUUUUAUUUUCGAAAAAACAUAAAAGAAAAUCUUUGGAGGGCUUUGAUAGCCUCCGGUUGCAUGGGUGAAAAAAAAAAAAGAACACAUACUUGGAUUGAGGUCUAUGGAGAAAAUGGCUCCUGCAGCUGUGGCUGCAACAGCUACUACUGCUAUUAUUCAUGCCUACAAAAGCUUCUUUUUUUAUUACCUUUCGAGGCAUAUAUCAUUUACCAAGAAUUGCACUUUAUAUUAUUUAUUUAUGUACUUAUUUAUACACUAUUAUUAUAUUUAAUUGCUACUUGCUUCUGCUUCAUAAAAA